UCAGGCCGGCUUGUGAGGUAUGGAACAAAAGUGGAACUUUUAAAAUGUUGCCCUGUAAGAAGAGAAGAACUACAGUGACAGAGUCCCCACAGCAUAAGGAACACCAGGAGGAAGACAACAUAAACCUAGAAGCAGCUGCUAAGCAAGAAUCUGACCAGGUUAAAGACUUGGAGUCAGUGUCACUAUCCUGGAGUCCAAGUCGUGGCAGAGUUGCAGACUUUGAAGUACAAUCUGUGCAGGAUACAGGAAAUGAGCUUGGUAUGGAGGACACAUCUGUGAACCCCACGAUGCUCAUGCAGGACACCAAUGUACCAGUUUUGGAAUCUGUGGACGUGGCCAUCUCUCAGGGAAUUACCCUACCUUCCUCGGAACCUUCCUACCCCCUUAACAUACACAUUGGUAAAGGAAAACUCCAGGUCACUGGCUCAAGGAGAGGGAAGAAAAUUGCACUCAGGCCUGGGCCAGUUACCCAAGAAGACAGAAGUGAUCAUGCUAUUGUAAAGAGGCCAUUUUCAGGAGAGCCAAAUGAGGGAGUGAAGGGAGAAGGAGGAAAACCUCAAACGCACUCUGGGGGGGAGACACCUUUGCUGUCUUCAGGCAGCCAGUCUUCAAAACCAGAAACCCAGCCUAGGAAAUCAUCACAACCAGAGGCUUGUGCAUAUCCUCAAGAAAAGCCACUCAGGAAUCUGACUCACCCAUCUGAGGAAGAGAUAGAGGAUGAUGGACUCUUUAUUCCAAUGGAAGAGCAAGACAAUGAAGAAAGAGAGAAAAGGAGAAGAAAGAAAAAGGGUACCAAGAGGAAACGAGAUGGAAGGGGUCAGGAAAGGACCUUGGGCUAUGAUCUGAAGCUAGAUGACAUGCUUGACCGCACGUUAGAGGACGGGGCCAGGCAGCACAGCCUCACAGCAGUGAACGUGCGCAAUAUCCUGCAUGAAGUGAUCACAAAUGAACACGUGGUAGCUAUGAUGAAAGCAGCCAUCAGCGAGACAGAAGACAUGCCAAUGUUUGAACCUAAAAUGACACGUUCUAAACUGAAGGAAGUAGUGGAGAAGGGAGUGGUAAUUCCAACAUGGAAUAUUUCACCAAUCAAAAAGGCCAGUGAAAUUAAGCCCCCUCAGUUUGUGGAUAUCCAUCUUGAAGAAGAUGAUUCCUCAGAUGAAGAGUAUCAACCAGAUGAUGAGGAAGAAGAUGAGACUGCUGAAGAGAGCUUGUUGGAAAGUGAUGUUGAAAGUACUGCUUCAUCUCCACGUGGGUCAAAGAAAUCCAGAUUGAGGCAGUCUUCUGAGAUGACUGAGACAGAUGAGGAGAGUGGCAUGUUAUCAGAGGCUGAGAAAGUCACUACACCUUCCAUCAGGCACAUCAGUGCUGAGGUAGUACCCAUGGGGCCUCCGCCUCCUCCAAAGCCAAAACAGACCAAGGAUAGUGCUUUCAUGGAGAAGUUGCAUGCAGUCGAUGAGGAGCUGGCUUCCAGUCCAGUCUGCAUGGAUUCUUUCCAGCCCAUGGAUGACAGUCUUAUUGCAUUUCGAACGCGUUCUAAGAUGCCCCUGAAAGAUGUUCCCCUGGGCCAACUAGAGGCAGAGCUCCAAGCUCCAGAUAUCACGCCAGAUAUGUAUGAUCCCAAUACAGCAGAUGAUGAGGACUGGAAGAUGUGGCUAGGGGGACUAAUGAAUGAUGAUGUGGGGAAUGAAGAAAAGGAAGUGAAUGAACUGAUGGAAGAGCUGUUUGAAACUUUCCAAGAUGAGAUGGGAUUUUCCAACAUGGAAGAUGAUGGCCCGGAAGAGGAGGAGCGUGUGGCUGAGUCUCGUCCUAACUUUAACACCCCUCAAGCCCUGCGGUUUGAGGAACCACUGGCCAACUUGCUAAAUGAACAACGUCGGACAGUGAAGGAGUUAUUUGAACAACUGAAAAUGAAGAAAUCUUCAGCCAAACAGCAGCAGGAGGUAGAGAAGGUUAAGCCUCAAAGUGAGAAAGUUCAACAGACUCUAAUUCUAGACUCAGCACAGAGAAAGCGAUUACAGCAACAGAUGCAGCAACAUGUUCAGCUCUUGACGCAAAUCCACCUUCUCGCCACCUGCAACCCCAGUCUCAGUUCAGAGGCCAGUACCACCAGGAUAUUUCUUAAAGAGCUGGGAACCUUUGCUCAAAGUUCCAUCGCCCUUCACCAUCAGCUCAGCCCCAGGUUUCAGACUUUAUUCCAGCCUUGUAACCUGAUUGGAGCUAUGCAACUUAUUGAAGACUUCAACACACAUGUCAACAUUGACUGGAGUCCUCAUAAAACUGUCAAGAAGACUGGUAGGGGGCAGAUUGUGUCAGCUUUCAGUUUUUACUUACAUUUGUUAGCUUUAGGACUGAAGCAUUUUGAAGGCACUGAGUUUCCUAACCCUCUAAUCAGCAAGUACCUUUUAACCUGCAAGACUGCCCGCCAACUGACCGUGAGAAUCAAGAACCUCAGCAUGAACAGAACUCCUGACAACAUCAUUAAAUUUUAUAAGAAGACCAAACAGUUGCCAAUCUUAGCAAAGUGCUGUGAAGAGAUCCAGCCGCACCAGUGGAAACCACCUAUAGAGAGGGAAGAACACCGGCUCCCAUUCUGGCUAAAGGCCAGUCUGCCGUCCAUCCAGGAUGAACUUCAGCACCUCACUGAUGGUGCCAGAGAGGCAGGAAAAGGGACUGGAGACACCAAGAUCAGCUCAGAUCAAGAAAAAGAUGCCUCUGCAUUGGGGAGUGAAACUCAGUACCCACUGCUGUUGCCUAAGGGUGUGGUCCUAAAACUGAAGCCAGUUGCCAAUCGAUUUUCUAGGAAGGCCUGGAGACAGAAGCGAUCAUCAACCCUGAAACCCCUCCUCAUCCGACCCAGUCCUUCUCUCCAGACUGGCUUCAACCCUGGGAAAACACUAGCCAGGUCAACUCAAUCAGAGGCCCCUCCUAGCAAAAUGGUAGUACGGGUUCCUCCCCUGAUCCAGCCAACUGCUGUCUUACAGACGGUUCCAGGAGUCCCCCCACUGGGGGCCAGCGGAAGUGACGGAUUUGAGUCUCCUAUAGCACCACCCAUCAUGCCCUCUGAGGGCAAUGCCGGCUUCCCUCUGUCUGAAUUUCAGACCAUGCUUUCUUCUGCUCCUGUGCCCAAGGUGAUGCUGCCCUCCCUUGCCCCUUCUAAGUUUCGAAAGCCAUGUGUGAGACGGAAACCCUCAAAAGUAAAAGGGGCCAAGGCCUCUCCCGGUGUGAAAGCUGCUCCUGUUAUCCACUCCACACCUGUUAUUUUCACUGUGCCUGCAGCCACUGUGAAGAUUGUGAGCCUCAGCAGUGGCUGUAACAUGAUCCAACCUGUCAAUGCAGCUGUUGCCCCGAGUACUCAGACUAUUCCCAUUACUACCCUCUUGGUUAACCCUACUUCAUUCCCUUGUCCAUUGAAUCAGCCCCUUAUGGCCUCUUCCAUCUCACCCCUAAUUGUUUCUGGCAACUCUGUGAAUCUUCCUGUACCAUCCACCCCUGAAGAUAAAGCCCAAGUGAAUGUGGACAUUGCCUGCCCCUUGGCUGAAGAGAAAAAUGUCUUUCAAGGCCUAGAACCCAAAGUAGAACCCCAGGAACUAUCUCCUUCCUGUGCUCCUGUCUUCCCCAAAGAAGAGCAUAGCCCAGGGCCCCUGCCCACAGGCAGAGAGUGCCCUGAAGGGUCAUCAGAGACCAGUGCCUACCGCUGGACCAUCAUAAAGACAGAGGAGGGAAGGCAAGCCCUGGAGUUGCUGCCUCAGAGCUCCCAGAAAUCUCUGAACUCUUCCUCUGGGGAUUUACAGGAAGUUGUCAAGAUGGAACCUGAGGAUGCUGGGGAGGAAAUCAGUGAAUACUCUGAACAGGACAUUUGUGAGGAAAUCAAGGAAGAGCAGUCCAUGGAUUUGGACACUGGCUCCCCUCGUGAGGAGCUGACCAAAGCUCAAGAGGCAAAGAAACACACAGUUUUACAGAAGGAAGAGGAGAGGAGUCAGCCAGCUCAAACCCCUGUAGCUUCUAAGGAGCCUCCUGCUGAACGAAACUUGGGGGGAGAUGUGAGCAAAGGAUCACCAAAGAAUCCUCUGUUCUUCACAGACCAUGAAGUGAUGCUUAGUAGUCCCCCAGGGAAACCUGAAGAUGCAUCCAGUGUUGAUGGUCAGUCACUGGGGACCCCAGCUGGGCCAGAAACUGUAGGAGAAAAGGAUGGGCCAGAUGAAGAGGAAGAUGAGGACUUUGAUGACCUCACCCAAGACGAGGAAGACGAGAUGUCAUCAGCUUCAGAGGAGUCCGUGCUUUCUGUUCCAGAACUCCAGGAAACAAUGGAGAAACUGACAUGGCUGGCAUCUGAAAGGCGCAUGAGUCAGGAGGGUGAGUCUGAAGAAGAGAACUCCCAGGAGGAGAAUUCUGAACCGGAAGAGGAAGAGGAAGAGGAAGCAGAAGGAAUGGAAACCCUGCAGAAGGAGGAUGAAAUGACUGAUGGAGUAGUUGGAGUCUCUGCUGAGAAGCCCCCUUCUACCUUGACCUCCCCCAAGACUGCUCCAGAUGUGGAGACCAGCAGAACUUCUUCAGGAGAAAGCAUUAAAGCUGCUGGAAAGGGCCGGAACAAUCAUCGAGCCCGCAACAAGCGAGGAAGUCGGGCUCGGGCCAGCAAGGAUGCCUCCAAGCUGCUGUUGCUGUAUGAUGAAGACAUUCUCGAGAGGGAUCCACUCAGGGAACAGAAGGACUUGGCCUUUGCCCAGGCUUAUCUGACCAGGGUUCGAGAAGCCUUACAUCAUAUCCCUGGCAAGUAUGAAGACUUCCUUCAGGUCAUCUAUGAAUUUGAGUCAAGUACCCAGAGGCAGACAGCUGUGGAUCUCUAUAAAAGCCUACAAAUUCUGCUCCAAGAUUGGCCUCAGCUCUUGAAGGACUUUGCUGCUUUCCUGUUACCCGAGCAAGCUCUGGCCUGUGGAUUAUUUGAGGAGCAGCAGGCUUUUGAGAAGAGUCGCAAGUUCCUUCGGCAGCUGGAGAUUUGCUUUGCAGAGAACCCGUCACACCACCAGAAGAUUAUCAAAGUCCUCCAGGGCUGUGCAGAUUGUCUUCCCCAGGAGAUUGCUGAGCUCAAGACACAGAUGUGGCAUCUCCUCAAGGGCCAUGACCACCUACAGGAUGAGUUCUCCAUCUUCUUUGACCAUCUGCGCCCAGCUGCUAGCCGCAUGGGUGACUUUGAAGAGAUAAAUUGGACUGAAGAGAAAGAGUACGAGUUUGAUGGCUUUGAAGAAGUGGCGCUGCCUGAUGUGGAAGAGGAAGAAGAACCCCCCAAGAUACCCACAGCCUCAAAAAACAAAAGAAGAAAAGAGAUUGGGGUCCAAAAUCAUGAUAAGGAGACGGAGUGGCCAGAUGGGGCCAAGGACUGUGCCUGUUCCUGCCAUGACGGAGGUCCUGAUUCUAAGCUGAAGAAGAGCAAAAAGAGAAACUGUAUCCACUGUGGCAGCAAGGUCUGUGACACCAAAUCCUACAAGAGCAAGGAGCCCCUGGAGCUGGUGGGCAGCAGCCCCCACCGAGAGGCCAGUCCUAUGGCUGGUGCUAAAGAGGCUGGGCAGAACAAGGACGUGGUGGGAGAGGAAGUCUCAGAGGAGCAGGAGAUCACUGAGGCAACUCAGAGCAGGAGCAUUGGCAGGAGCAGCAGAAAGGGAGAGAUGCCUGUUCCAGGAUUGGCAACGGCAAGUACUGUGCUGUCCUCUCCAGAAGUCGUCUUCACAGAACGGCUCCUUCUGGGUGAUACACCACCUUGUUCACCGGAGGCUCCUCAGUUUCUUCCUAAAUCUGGAGCUGUGCCCUACACUGUGAGGAGAAAUCUGGCUGGGCCUGAGGUCCUCUCCUGCCCCAAGUCAUCCCCGAGACUUCAGAGAGAGAGGGAGGGCCAAAAGGCAGGGGGUGAUUCCCAGGCUUUGCUGCUGGUCUGGGACGCAUCAGAAACAGAGAAAUCACUAGGCACUGUUGAACCCCCUGCUUCCUUCCUAAGUCCUGUUUCCUUGAGAACCAGAGACUUAGGAAGAACACAUAUGUCUGGGAAUCCAGAUAACCUAGAGAACUGGCUGCCCUCAAGCAGAGUUGGGGUGAAGACAGCAGAUAGGGUAUCCCCUGUCCAUGAAUCUUCACCAGGAAUAGACAAUUCAGAGACUUCUUCCAAAGCCCCUAGAAGAGGCUUGGCCAAAGAUAGUGGAAUACAUGGCAAGGGUCUUGAGGGGGAGCAGCAGCCGAAGACCACAGAAGCUACCGUGUGUGCCAACAACAGCAAGGUCAGCUCCACCGGGGAGAAGGUUGUCCUGUGGACAAGAGAAGCUGACCGUGUGAUUCUCACCAUGUGUAAGGAGCAGGGAGCACAGCCACAGACCUUCAGUAUCAUCUCCCAGCAGCUGGGAAAUAAGAGUCCUGCUGAGGUUUCCCACCGUUUCCGAGAACUCAUGCAGCUCUUCCACACAGCCUGUGAGGCCAGCUCUGAGGAUGAGGAUGAUGCAACUAGUACCAGCAAUACGGACCAGCUGUCUGACCAUGGAGACCUAUCUGAGGAGGAGCUAGAUGAGUGAUACUCCAGGAAUGGGUCAUCUGCACAGGACCAAAUCUAGCACACCCCCUGACACUGGGGGACAGGGUAGCUGUACUCUGCUCCCCGCCCUUGAGCGUAGGGUACAGAUCUAGAGAACAGGAGCUCAGGACAAGGACAAAGUAAGGCGUGGGGUGGGGCCGAGGGCUUUGCCAUCCUAUGUUACUGUUCAAGGUCUUUUACAAAGACCUCACAAAUCUACUCUGUAAAGAACAUCAAGGGAGAGUGGGACUCAGCUUUCUCUACUUUUUUU